GCCUUACAACUCCGCGCGGUCCCCUGCGCUUCCCGCCCCACAACAAAACUCGGCGCGUCGCUCCCGGGAGCCGGGCUCGGAGCGACCCGCAGUCGGGACCUGAGGGGAGACUGACCAGGGCGCGGGCCGGGACAGCAGCUCGGAAGGCAGCGGGCCCCGCGAGUGCCAGGGACGCCAGGCGAAGCAGGCCGAGAGGCGGGUCUCAGCCCAGAGGGCACCUUCUGCAAACAUGUCUGUGGAUCCCUUAUCCAGCAAAGCCCUGAAGAUCAAGCGCGAGCUGAGUGAGAACACGCCGCACCUGUCCGACGAGGCGCUGAUGGGGCUGUCGGUGCGCGAGCUGAACCGGCACCUGCGCGGGCUCUCAGCCGAGGAGGUGACGCGGCUCAAGCAGCGGCGCCGCACACUCAAGAACCGCGGCUACGCGGCCAGCUGCCGCGUGAAGCGCGUGUGCCAGAAAGAGGAGCUGCAGAAGCAGAAGUCGGAGCUGGAGCGCGAGGUGGACAAGCUAGCGCGCGAGAACGCCGCCAUGCGCCUGGAGCUCGACGCGCUGCGCGGCAAGUGCGAGGCGCUGCAGGGCUUCGCCCGCUCCGUGGCCGCCGCCCGCGGGCCCGCCGCGCUGGUGGCUCCGGCCAGCGUCAUCACCAUCGUCAAGUCGGCCCCGAGCCCCGGCCCCGCCCCCGGGCCGGGCCCCGCCCCCGGGCCCGCCGCCUGCUCCUAGUGGCCGCCGAGCCCCGCUCGCUCCGCCCACGCCCAUUCUCUAAACCACAGGCCCCUCUGACCCCAGCCGCCUUCCCUAAGUGCCUAAGCGCAGUCUCCGUCUCCAAGUGCCAUAUCUCUGCAGCCACCAGCCCCCGUGGUGAACACACACGUUCCCUCCCCAGAGCCUGUCUUCCUCCUGCGGCCCCUGAAACGGGGACCUAAUGGCCCUGGGGAGGGGCAACGGUGAUGAGAUAGGAGGUAGGUGGGGUCGGGGUCUGGGGUUUCCUCUGGUAGAAAAUUUCAGACUUCUUAGUUUGGGAGGAGGGGAUACAGAGCGGAUUAGAGAAGGGCCAUCGAGGGGAAGACGGCCACCCCUCAUUUUGUAACAGCUCAGCUUGUGCCAUCAGCCCCUCCCCACCCGCCAGGGAUACAGGACUAGGCUUGGCCCGGUAUGGGUCUUGUGGGGCUGUCUCGCUGGGAAGCUGAUGCUCCCGCCUCCGCCUUGCACCCGGAUGCCUGGCCUUCCAAAGCUGGAAGACUCAUUAGAAAUCACCUAGUGAAGCCCACUUAACAGAUGAGAAAACAGGCCUCUAUCAGAUGUGCCCAAGGCCACAUAUGCUUAGUGGUUGAGCUGGAACCCUGUCUUCCCACGCUGCCCUGAGAUUCCAGCCAUGGUUGUCAGGGGGACAGCGGCCAGGGCCUGAACAGGUGGCGAAAGGGCCUCCGUGGCCUGGGAGAUGGCUCUCUGUGAGUCAGGUGAAGAGAAGCAGAGGGAGAGAGAAGGUGAUGCAGAUGGAAGAGAGGGCAGGAGCUGGCCAGGCUCAACCCUGGGCUCUCCCUGCAGCCAGGGAGCUGGCCAGCCAAAGAGAACGGGGACCAAGGAGGUGACCACUGUGGCGGUGGGGAGAUGAGAUGACAGAUGCUAUGGUUCUGCAGCCUGGGAUAGGGGUCCUUAAAGGGAAGGGUCCCACCUGUCCACCCUGUGGGAUGGGGGCUGACCACUGCUAUUGAUCGCCAUUCUCUUGGGAAGCCCGGCCCGAGCCUUCCCCCGCCUGCCCCCACCCCUCCAACUAUACAGCUGCUCCUCCCUGCUGUUUAUUUAUUGCACGAAUCUAAGUUAUUCUCCCCAGCCAGAGCCCAGCGCCCACUGCCUGGGAAAAGUGGUGUGUGGCCCUGAGCUGGACUUUAUAUUUUAUAUCUGCAAAUAAAUCACAUUUUAUCUUAUAUUUAGGAGAAGCCGGAUGGCAAAAACAACCAAAAAAUGUUUUUUAAAAACAAUUGCCCGGCCCCCGGAAUUUAUUUAUUUUUCUGACUUACAGUAAGCGAAUUAUCCGCCUUCUGUAUUUUGUAGAAUUUCUGAAUAAAGUCAAGUUCUCUUUUUCCACA